ACACUGUACGAGCCGCAUGUUCAUCACAAUUGCUGCUUGCACUCCGGCAAACAUCUAACAUCCACUGACUGCACCGACUGCAGAAUAAAGACAGACCUGCUGCGCGCACAAACUCGGAUUUGCAACAAAAACAUAAACCGGGGGACGUUUUCUUCUGCACGCCAGGAGAGUUGGAGAUCCGCAGGUAAUUGCAGUGCUGCUCCGACUUUUGGUCGACAUGCUGGGGAUCUGCGUGUGUCUUUGUGCGGUUUUCACACAUGUCCUCUCUCAAGAGGCUGAGGAGCCCGUCUUCUACACAUGCACAGAAGGGUAUGAGUAUGACAGAGUCAGAGAGCAGUGCAGAGACAUCGAUGAGUGUGCCUUGUUAGAUGAUGCCUGCAAAGGAGGGAUGCAGUGUAUCAACCACUUUGGUGGAUACCUCUGCCUCCCUAAGAGUGCCGUCAUCUACAUCAGUAAGGAGGGCGAGCAGGUGCCGCUGCCGGAGCCUGUCCCUGCUGUCCCCGCUGUCCCACCCAACCAGCCUAUCCCACGCUCUCCAAGCAACCCGGGGGUCUCCCAGUCCACCCGGACCAUCCGCUGUGCACCAGGAUACACUGCAGAUGACCAGAAUCUCUGCAGAGACAUAGAUGAAUGUGCGACAGGUAGACACACUUGUGGUUCUGAGCAGACGUGCUACAACACCAGAGGCUCCUACACCUGCCAGUGUCCUCCAGGCUACCAGAAGAAUGGAGAUAACUGUAUAGACAGAGACGAGUGCGCCGUGACCCACUACUGCAUGCACAGAUGCAUGAACACACAGGGCUCAUACUACUGCGAGUGCAACGCAGGUCACAAGUUGGCCAGCAACAACCACAGCUGUGUUGAUGUGAAUGAAUGUGAUGUGGAGAAUCCCUGUCAGCACCACUGCUACAACCUGAUUGGUUCGUUCCUCUGCCAGUGUGAACAGGGCUACGAGCUAGCACAGGACACGGCCUCCUGCCAAGACAUUGAUGAAUGCAGCUUCUCCAGCUACAUGUGUCAGUACCAGUGUAUAAACAGCCCAGGAAGUUACUCCUGUGAGUGUCCUGAAGGAUAUCAGCUCCAGGGAAACAGGCUGUGUCAAGACAUAAAUGAGUGUGAGACGGGGACCCAUAACUGCCAAGACGAUGAAAUGUGCUGGAACUAUUUCGGAGGCUUCCGCUGCUAUCCCAGAAACCCCUGCGAGACGCCUUACGCCAAAACCUCUGAGAAUCGAUGUAUCUGCCGAUCUCAGGCCGAGUGCCAGGGUCUCCCGCCGUCAAUUGUCUACAAAUACAUGAGCAUCCAGGCGGACCGGGCCGUGCCAGCGGACAUCUUCCAGAUUCAGGCCACCAACAUGUACGCCAACACACACAACACAUUCAGGAUCAAAGCUGGGAAUGAGGCAGGAGAGUUUUUCCUGCGGCGUUCCAGCAAUGUAAGUGCCAUGCUGGUGCUAACCAAGCCUCUGUCUGGCCCCAGGGAGUACAUCGUGGACCUGGAGAUGGUCACUCACCAUCUGACCAUGAACUACCGCUCCAGCUCACUGCUGCGGCUCACAAUCAUAGUGGGGCCCUACGCCUUCUGAGCAGCACAAUCCCUAGCACCAAACAUAAGCCUGGUUCACCAAACAUAGCAGUGUAACACAAGCACUCGCCUGUAUCAGCAUAACAUACUGUACAUUUUCAUACAAUACAACAUAUAACGUAGGCUGUCCCAGACUCAUACAGCAGCACAGCAGUUCCACUAGGCUUGCUCAUGACAGACCAUGCUGUAAUGUGACCACCGGGCAUCUUUUUCUCUCAAAGUGCAGGGAAGCAUUGUGAUAAAGGGUUUUAGUGUUCCGAGGACUCAAGCACUCUGUUUUCAACAACAGCACUUAAACGCACAAUAUGUAAUUUUCAGCCACUAGGGGUCUCUCAAUCAAAACAAUAACAAAACGUAGUUUCAGUAGAGUCCAACGUCAGCAGACAGCUUCUCCUGGUUAGGAUUGCUUCAGUGUUCAUUCUUCAGUAGGUUUAUACCGCGGGCCGAAUUAUCCGCAGAGGCCCCUUCUUUUCCAACACAAGCAGACCAAGUGAGUACAAACAGUAAAAACUCUGGAUAAAGUAGUUUUACGUUAUAAAUCAGUGUUUCUCGGACACUGUUUGGCAGACAGAGAACGUCCCGAAGGGUCUGCGAGCCUAUGUUUCUCUGACAACUUAAGAUCCAGACGUUCAGGAGGUUUUUAUGGGGAGCCGAAUUAUCUGCAGAAGUCUCCUCCUCUCCAAAACAAACAGAUUAAAAACCGGGGAAAAAAACACUGAAUAAAGCAGUUUCAUGUUAAAAAUUAGUGUUUUUCCUACGCUGUUUGCUCCGCUUGUUUCUCUGAUAACUUAAGAUCCUGAUGCCCGACAGUUAAAAUCCUUCAUCUGGUUCAAAUAUAUUGUUAGAAACAACCAACAUCGAAAAAAGUAUAUUGUAAAAAAUUUGGCUUAAAACUGGAUAAAAAAAAUGAAUUCAUAAUUUAUGACAGCUUCUGGCAAACAACCAUAUCGCUGACCAAUAAAAUGGCCAUUACUUAAAAAAAUAUUCUUAUUUUUUCUUUGUUUUAAAAACUCUUGGGACAAUCCGGGAUACUGUAGAAGCACAACUUAACUAAAUAUAUUACAUAGGUCCGUUCAUUUUUAGAUAUUUUAUCAGUGAAAAGUUCCAUAUUAUACCUUUAGCAAUAAAACAUCUUUCAUCUUAACAAUGAGACAUGUUUAACCUAAAGUGCCUAAAGUGUAAGAAAGAUAAGAAAGAUGCUAGAUGUAAACAUUUUCACUUCACUGCUUCCAUCAUAAAAAAUAAUUGGAUACAGAGCAAUCAGGAAAAGAUGCCUAGUGGACACGCAUCCUGACUGUGAUGAAUAUUUGAUGCAGCUGUAUCUUCAUUUAUCACCUUUUUUCAGACCAGAACUGCUUACAGUAAUCAGUGUGUGCAUCAGUGGAGCAUUCAGUUGUAAGAAAGAGAGGGGGAAAAAAUCAUAUUUUCUAUAUAAUUUUACAUGAUAAAAAUCCAGUAAGAGCAGCUUUUGAUACAAAAAAUAAUUGACAGACCUUGUAAAUCACAGCUUCUGUUGAUAAAUGUUGUAGGGGUUAGUGCUGCUGCGCCACGCUGUUUCUGUAUAGUUUUACUCAUGAGUAAUAAUUUCCAGAAGUCCAGAACAGUUCAGAAGUGUAAAGGGAGGGAAUUUGCCUGUUAGUUGAGAGAGCACUAAACUUUGCAUGACAACAGGCUUGAUGCUCGUAGACUUUCCUCGCAGGAGUUUAGUCAUGUAUAUACCGAGGUAACAGAUCUGUGUGUGUGUGUGUGUGUGUGUGUGUGUGUGUGUGUGUGUGUGUGUGUGUGUGUGCCUGGCUUUGUUUAUGCAUGCAAGCAAAUGAAAGUGUGAAACACAGAGGAGAGAAAGGGAAAGAGUGAGAAAGAGCUUGUUCUCUGCCCCCAGGUUUGGUGGAUGUGGUUGAGCUGUUUAUGUGUUUCUGUGAUGCCAUCCUCGCAGCCCUCGGUCACAGAGGCAAUAACAGAGAUUUUUUUUUUUUCAAACCCGAGAACACGCACAGGAAAUGACGGCUUUCAUAGCACACCUCGGCCAAUCUACUGCUCACUGGUGCCACGGUGAUCCUCCAGAGGAACAGCUGGGCUUUCUAAUGUCGGUCCCAGUCAAGAAGUCACACUGGCACCAGGCUGGCUUGCGUGAUAAACAUAAUUACAGUGCUUUACCCUGUUGCUGGUUCAUGUGUGACACAGGGGAUUAUUAAAGUGUUAAUACAAUGCCACCACACUUUUGGCAGAUUGAGAAAUCUUUCACUCCUGCUUUGCCUUUCGUGACGCCGCGUGUCUGCUCUGGCUUAUUGCUGAAACACUGUACACUACUGUAGACACACAGCACUGAAAACCACAUUGAAAACCAACAUGUUGUCACCACUUCAAGUGUAGAAAGUCAUCCAUCUUUCAUGUGGUUUCAGCAGCAAUCAUGCCGUAGUGCCUUAGAGGUAUAAACACAGAAAUGUAAUCUUAUCAUUCAUGCUGUCAAGACUUCCUCCAUUGAAAUGCCUUAAUUUUUUUCUCUUCUAUUUAAAAUAUAUUUUGUCAUAUGUAUCUUAUAUUGAUUGUACUCUGAAGAGCAAAAGUUAUAUUGUUGAAUAAAAUAUGAUGGAUAAAUGGGG